AUGGGACGAGUUAAGCUGCAGAUAAAGAGGAUAGAGAACAACACCAAUCGGCAAGUGACCUUCUCAAAGCGUCGCAAUGGCCUCAUCAAGAAGGCCUACGAGCUCUCCAUCCUCUGCGACAUCGACAUCGCCCUCAUCAUGUUCUCUCCCUCAGGACGGCUCAGCCAUUUCUCUGGAAGGAGAAGGAUCGAGGAUGUUCUUGCUAGAUAUGUGAAUCUCCCAGAGAAUGAUAGGGGAGGGGUGAUCCAGAAUCGAGAGUUCUUGAUCAGGGCGCUGAAGAAGCUCAAGUGCGAGAACGACAUGGCGGCCCUGGCCAACCCUACAGUGGUCAACUCCAACGUGGAGGAGCUUCAACAAGAGAUCGGUCGGUAUCAGCAACAGCUACAGCUUUCGGAACAACGCUUAAGAUUUUUCGAACCUGAUCAUCUCAGCUUCACGUCCAUGAGGGAUCUCGAGUCAUGCGAGAAGUUCGUCAUGGAAGCCCUGCAGCGCGUUACGGCAAGAAAGGAAUAUUUGCUGAGUCACCAUCUGUCUUCUUACGAUCCCUCAGCGUCAAGCAUGCAGAUGUACCUGCAACCGCAACAGGAGCGGCUGCCCGACCCAUACGGUAGCGAGAUGGUGCAGUGGGUCCCAGAGGGGGCGACCAACUCCGGCCACCAGAUCUUCGUCGGCUCUGAUCCCUUGAUGGACCUCAGGGAACACGGGAUCUACGAGUCGAUGGCCCCGCAGGGGAUGGGCCUGCCGGUGGACCCCUGCACCGCUGGAUGCCACGUCAGCGGCCAGCACGAGGUGUCGUGGCACCAGGCGUACACCUCCACGGAGCUCCUCUCCGCCCUCAUCCCGUCGCCGCCCUACCCUCUGAUUCAGCACCCCAUGGCGCCGACGGAGCUGCCCACGCUGGUGCCGCAGGAGCAGGUGGAGGCGACGGCGGCCUGCUCGCACCUACCCAUGGACGACGGCGGCGCCUCCAACAACACGUACGACGGCAAUGCUGCUCCGGUGCACUUUGUAUUCUUCUGCAUCGGUUAG